AUGGCUGUCUUCCAAUACUGCCAUUCUCAAUUGCCUUUGUCAGCUUGUCGUUUGUGGGAGCCCUGUCUUCUUCGAAGAGUUGGAGUUGAUAAAACUCUUUUCAUUAAAAAUGUUGAUUCUGACACUGUUAUUGCUCAAAUUUAUGCCGAUGAUAUUAUUUAUGGCUCCCCUUCUAACUCUCAAGUGCAUGAAUUUGUCAAGAGAAUGAAAGAUGAGUUUGAAAUGAGCAUGGUAGGUGAUGAGUUAAACUAUUUUUCUUGGUUUGCAAGUCAAACAGUCAGAAGAUGGAACCUUCAUAUUUCAAGGGAAUCCCAUGUGACAACAGUGAAGCGUAUCAUCCGCUAUGUGAAUUGUAUGCUUGAGUAUGGAAUUCGGUACUCAAAGGAAAUUGACUUUAACCUUGUUUGUUUUAGUGAUGAUGGUUGGGCAGACAAUGCAGAUGAGAUGAAAAGCAUAAGUGGUGGAUGCUUCUAUCUAGAGAAUAAUUUUGUUUCCUGGCAUAACAAGAAACAAAAGUCAAUCUCAUUGUCAACUGCCGAGGCUGAGUACAUGGAUGAAACAAAUAAUGGCUGA